CACUGAUGCAAUCUCAUGCAUGAACCACCUUACUACUACUUGCAAGAGAAAAGAAAAAAAGUAAUCAAGAUGAUGAUCAACUUCCGCAGUGCUAGUCUUAUAAUAAUCUUGGCCCUUGGCUUGUUGGUAGGAACAUCCGGGGCUCAACAAUGUGGAACACAAUAUCCCAAUUGUAACUGUCCGGAGGGGUAUUGUUGCAGCAGCCACGGAUACUGCGGCAAAACAGACGCCUACUGUGCCACCGGAAACUGUCAAUGCCAAUGCCCCGCUCCUUCUCCUCCGCCGCCACCGCCUCCUCCUUAUACCCCGCCGCCUCCCGUUUCUCCCGACGACGUCAGCAAUAUCGUUUCUAAGGAGCUCUUCGAAGAAAUGUUUCUCCAUCGAAACGAUAAUCAGAAUUGUGCUAUAGGCUUCUACACUUACGAGGGUUUCAUUACCGCCGCUAGACGUUUCCCUGAGUUUGGUGCUACCGGCACUCUUGAAGAUCGUAAGAGAGAGAUCGCGGCUUUCUUCGGCCAAACUUCUCAUGAAACCACAGGAGCUGGAACAGGAUGGGUGAAUCCACCGGAUGGUCCAUACACCUGGGGAUAUUGCUUUGUUAGGGAAGAAGGCACCCCAGCUGGCUAUUGUGUUCCUAGCACUGAAUGGCCUUGUGUUCCUGGUCAAGAUUAUUACGGCCGAGGACCCAUCCAAAUUAGUUACAAUUACAAUUACGGGGUAGCAGGAGCCGCACUUGGAUUUGACCUACUUCACAAUCCCGAUCUGGUUGCCACAAAUGUCGUACUAUCAUUCGAGACGGCCUUAUGGUUUUGGGUGACUGUACAGGCCCCCAAACCCUCAUGCCACGAUGUUAUCACGGGCCAAUGGACGCCAAGUCAAGCUGACAAAGAUGCCAACCGACUUCCUGGCUACGGUUUACUCACCAACAUCAUCAAUGGAGGUCGAGAAUGCGGCAAUACAGGUCCUGAUGGUAAGCUGCAGGAAGAUAGAAUUGGCUUCUAUCUGAGAUACUGUCACUUGCUGGGAGUGAGCCCUGGGGAUAACUUGGAUUGCUAUAAUCAAAGGUCUUAUUUUUAUUCUUAUUUAAUUGCGACAGGGAUACUUGAAUCUAAAUAAAGUGGCAUGGUUGUUAUUCUUA